AUGAGUGAAAUAGAUACUGAGAUAACAUGGGAUGACAGGAGGGGAAAGGCUGUAAAUUAUUUGGUAAGUGAUCAGGGAAAUGAUGGAAGCAGUACUGUUGGAAAUGAUCUUGCACCAUUUUAUCAUAUAAUUCAUGAUUUUGUCGAUCUCUCAUUAGGGAUUUUAGACAUGAAUUCACCCAGCUCUGUUCGAAAAGUUGUUGUUCAUCUCAGAGCAACCGGGGACGCUCCCAUACUAAAGCAAGCCAAAUUCAAGAUACCCGGAACUGACAAAUUUGCCAAAUUAGUCGAUUUCCUACACUGGCAACUGCACCGUGAUUCAUUGUUCGUGUACGUCAAUAGUGCCUUCUCACCGAACCCAGAUGAAUUGGUGAUCGAUCUGUAUAAUAAUUUCGGUUUCGAUGGUAAACUGGUGGUCAAUUAUGCCUGUUCUAUGGCAUGGGGCUAAGCCUCCAGACAGAUCUACGAGUCUGAGAUAAAACUGUCAACUAUGUAAAUACACACUUCAUUUGUUUCCUAGAAACUCUCCGUUAUCCAUGGUCCUUUUAGAACCAUCCUCUUUAAUAUUGCCUUUUUUCCCUCUUUAUAUAUGAAACAAGGAUUCUUCCCUAGCUGGUGAUAGCUUCUUACUUCCACACAAGCAAGUUGAUAUCAUUGGUGGUAUUCAAUAACUUGUGAUAAUUGUUAAAUUCAUUAUCAUUGAUUUGUAAUUCAAGCCAAUGGGCUAAUGACGAUC